ACAAAGCUUGCAUAUCAAUGAAGAACUUUUUUUUCUCACAAACUUCUGGUGAACGGUGAUAAAAAAUGGCUUUUUGGAUAAGUAUAUAAGGGGCACCCUAUAGAAAAAGAACAAAAGGUAAUUAAAAAAAAAAAAACAAACCAAACAAAGAUCGAAACUUUGUCCACAGACGAUUCGGAGAUUGAAUAUUUUCCAAUUUCACCAACCUUGACAAGGAUUCGUGUACAUCGUAAGAAUCACAGGACAUCAUUGGGAAUCAAAGGAUCUUCCUCGUCGAUAUUUUUUUCCGAAUACAAACGAUCGUCACCGUCAUUGGGUUCGACGAUCAUUCAUAAUCCGAACAUGAAAAGAGGAAUUUCCAAAUAUCGAUCGAGUUGUUCCUCUACUUCUGUUAAAAACACUGAUAACCAAUCGGAAUCAAGAUCGAAUUAUUCACAAUUAUUAGGGAAUACUUUUUCAAGACCACCUUCCCCACCUAGAAGAAAAUCAUCGAGGAACAACGAAACGUUGAAAAAUUAUUACAAAAACGUUACGAUUGAGAAUAAUGAUAAUCAUCAAUCGUCUAAUUCAAGACACGCACAGUGUUUCACACCAGAAAGGGUUUCCGAUAUUCGUAUUUUGAGAGAAAGAUUGUGUAAUAAUUUGGAAAAACAUCGACAAUCGCGUGAACGUCAAAGUUCACAAAUCUUAAAAGUUCCAUCAUCAUCAUCAUCAUCAUCAAAUCCAAUUUCUAACAGAGGAUCGAAAAUUUCGAAAACCAAUUUUCAUAAAAGUAUUCGUACCAAUUAUCCUCGUAGUUUGUCGGAAAGUAACGCAACGAGAAAGGGACUUUCAUUGGAUAAAAUUAAAAAUCAUUCAUCGUCAAUUAAAUCCGAACUGUCGAAGAAAAAACCAACAGGUGUUGGAACAUCGACAGAUUCGAAAGAAAUAGAAGAACCAUCAUCGUCAUCGUCACAGGUUUUUAAAAAGGAUAAUCCAAGAAGUCGUCUUACCAAAAAGGAACAGGAAGAAUCUUGUAAAAGAUUGAGCAGAUCUUAUGCCGACAUUUCAUCGUCAUCUCUCAAACCUAAAGAUAUUAAAAAUACAAAAAUUCAACCAUCGGAAAGAUUUGUGCCGAGUUCCACAACAUUGUAUUCAACUCAUACGAUAACUGAUAAGGAAAAAGGUACAAUAGAUAAAGCUUUAAAGGUUGUAUUAGCUAUAUCGUCAAAGGGUCAAGAUUCUUGUCGAAAAAGUGAAUCACAAUUAUCUAAAAAUAGUUCAUCUACUCGCAAAUCAACGACACCUGUUCAAAUUUCAAAAUCAAAGAUUAGAAAAAAUCAUCCCAUAACUGUCGGUUCAUCUAUCUCGUCUAUGGAAAUUAUUGAUAAUAAUAAUAAAAAGAAAAGAACCAAAGAGAAAUCUCGAGUGAUCGUUAAAUCAUCUGAUAAUAAUAAUAGUAAAGAAGAAAUUAUUACAAACAAGGAUAUUUCUAAAAUUGAUAAUAAAAAGAAAUUACGAAAGGAUAAAGAAAUUUCAAGAAUUAAAGGUAACGUUGGUACGAUUAACAAAAGGAUGGAUAAAAAAGGUAAAAAUAUAAUUGACAAAUGUAAAAUAAUCAAACGAAUGGACGAUAAUAAUUCUAGUGUACAUAGUUUAACUAUGACUGAGAUAAAAAAGCAUCAGGAUAAUAGUGAAACACAAUUUUUUCAACAUUUAUUAUUGAGAAAUGUAUCAUCAUCUCCUACGGUAUCAUCGCAAAUUGAUAAGAAAAAAUCAUUCGUUUACGAACGUACGAAAAUGCUUGAAAAUAAUGAAAGAAGAACGAGUAAAUCUGAACCUUCAUUAAAAUCACUGAGCUUUUAUUUGUCACAGAAGAGACCAGUUUCCAACUCAAGAUUUAAAAAUUUCGAUCGAGACAGUUUAUCAUCGAGAAGUUCGAGUCCAUGUGGUGUCAGUUGGGCAGGUCGUUCUAUUUUUCAAAAAGUCAUGAAAUUUGACAGUCUAUUACGCGUUGACGAUGAAUUUGGUUCUUCAACGACACUGCAACGUGGUCGUAGUCCAGAUUUUAUUCGAGACGGUAACAUCAAAGAAAGAAGUUUGAGUGAACCACCGUUGAAAGUGCAUAUGGAAAAAUCGAAAGAUGAAUUAACAACAAGGUCACGAACAUCGACACCAUCACCUAUCAGACCACCAACACCUCGUCGUAGUUUGAUUGUCAAAGAUAAUCGUGAUAGUUUGAUGAAAAAAAAGUUUCGUGCAAGAAGUGCAGGUGAAGCUGACGAUUUGAGAACAAAAUUAUCUUCCAUGGGUUCGAGUAAUUCCAUUGCUAAAAGUAUUGGUUCAUUGUGUCCAUCGUCAACCAUUGAUCGCGAUGAUUAUCAACAAUACGUUCUCGAAUUAUUGCAUUACAAGAGAACCAGAGGUGACAAGUACAAAGCUUUGUACGAUUUUUAUUCCAGUUUGGAAAGAAUGGGACAACUUGAAAGAAGAACCACUUCGUCAUCAUCCGUAGAUCUUAGACCUAGAAUGAAGAACGAAGAGAUCAUAGAUUACGACAGAUGGAAGGAGAUCAGAUCGAAGGAAAAAGCUCAAUGCGAACUUAAUUCACUUUACGGCAAGUUGAAAGCCGUACAAAAAGACAAUGAUUUUCUAUUCAGUACCAAAGACAUUGAUAAAUUUAAAUGGCGUGGUGAUUGUGGUCUCAGAUGUAAAGAACGUUCGGUGGAAAAUAUUUUGAAGUAUUUUGAAAAAUUAGAAAACGAGGAAACCCCAUUGGUUUCAUCAAAGAGACGAGAAAUAGCAUCGAAAAAGGACGUUUACAAACCUUUAUGGCGUGGUAAUUCGGUGGUCAAUGUAGCUAACACCAUGCAGAAGAAAGCAAAUGAAAAUAAACGUGAGUUUGAUCAAAUAAAUACGGAACAUCACAGAACGUCUUGGCAAAAGGAUCUUGGUUGUAGUAAAAAAUUUUGGAGUAGUUUAACGAUCGAACAAGUGACAGCUUUGAAGAAUCAAUUGAAUGAUAUUUAUGGUAGUGAAGAAACAAAGUCACGAAUGUCUAGGCGUGAUCAAGCAAACAUCGUGGAACAUUUAGCUAACAAGAAAGAUGACAAAUGUGAGAUGAUUUCCUCCAAAUAUGAAAUAGUUGUAGAUGAUUUUCAAGAAGAUGGUAAAGGUUUACACGUUAGGUGUCAUUCUAUGAUAACACCUGACGAAUCUACGAGUACUUUGAAAUAUUCCGACAGGGAAAGUUCGAGCUUAAAAAGGAGAGGUUCGAUAGGUCGAGGAAAGAGUAGUAUCGACAGAUCAGAAUUCAAUAAUUUCGUAGGUAAUACACUUAUGACGGAAUUGGAAAAGAAAAGAUUGUCUUUGACACUUGGAAAAGAAGUUUUGGAUAAAGUAACUCGUAAAAGAUCAUCCUCGGCACCCAUAGCACCUAGGGAAACACGUGGUGCUAUUGCAGCGGCCAUGGCAAAUGCGAAAACUACUUCGAAUAUGAUGAAUGUUAGUAGUACGCCAAAUUUAUCAUCGGCACCGAGUGUUACAAACACUUCCCCUAGAACGUGUUACUCCUUGGAAGUAUCGUACGAGGAUAAUUCGAAAAAGGAAAAGAACGAUUUUUUAUUGGUUCUCGCAUCGAACGAGCAAGAUAUUACGAAAGAGAAAGAAAAAGUAGAAAAUGUUUUUGAAGAAUGGUCGAGAAAGACAGUGCCAUCAUCAUCAUCACCACCACCACCACCACCACCACCUCCAGUAUCAUCGUCUAUCGUUCAAAUUGAUAAUAAUAAUAUUACUAAAAGUAAAAUAUGUUCAACAACAUCGGGAAGUGAAAUGGAUAGCACGAGUUCUGACACAUCGGUUAAAACGGUUAUCAAACGAAAUACCAUCGAGAUGGAGGAUGUGCCGAAAAAGAUCGAAUUCUUUGAAAAAAUUGAUGGGAAACAACAUGAAUCAAAGAAGACUACGGAUAAAUCUAAAAUUUCAAGAUUAUCCUCGUCACAGAGUUUCGCUGAUUUAAAGGAAUUGUUCGGUGAAUCGGAAAUGGUACGAUAUUCGAGUAAUGUACCAGCGUAUAGUAGUACAAAAUCAAUAUCCAUGGAAAGAACGUUUGAAGGAAGACCGGAAGAUUUGCAAGAAUUCGGUGAAUUUGAAAAAAGGGAAUGUGUUACGUCUGAAGAAGAAUUUGGUGAUUUUGAAAUGAAAAUAAAGGAUGAAAGUCAAGAAGCGGGGGUCAAAAUAAAAGGUAAGGAGAAUAUUUGUAAGGUAAUAGUUGGAUCAAAGAAACAGGAAGGAAAAAAAAAGGUGUCAUUGUCGAAAGAAUCGAUCGAUCAGGAUAAUACACCAUGGUGUUCGAUAGAGAGGAAGAAACGUGGCAAGACCAGCGGACUUCCUGCGGAAGUAGAGGACACGCGACGCUCCUCGCUUGAACGUUGUUUAUGGGAGCGUGAACGAGAUUCGAGACCAGAAAGCAUCAGUCCAUGUCGUGGUACGACGACGCGUUCUAACUCAUCAUCGUGCAGUGUCGAGAGUAUAUUCCAACGUGGCUCAUCGCCCGAUCCUGAAAGAUAUUGGCGUGCAUAUUUGAAAUUGGUUAAAAAUGGUACCGUGAAAAAAUUGUGUAACAGAUUUGAAACAAGUUGUGAGGAUUUAAAUUCGUCAAAAAAAUAUCAUAUCGGUAGUCCUAAAAGAUUUCAAAGUGAUCCGGAAUUAGCUAGGAAUGUAUUGAAGAAGAUUGAUCAAAGUAAGACAACCUUGAAACCUCAAGAAUAUUCGGAUGUAAGUUGGUUACGUAAAAGAUACGAAUCUAGAAGAGGUAGGACAAGACGCAGAGGUGAAUCACCACCGAUACCACGAGUACCAUUGAGAUUGGAUACUUUAUCAAUGCCUCAUAUAGAUGUUAUCAGUAAAAUGGCAGAACUCAAGGAUUCAUCCGUUUGUACGAACAAAGUAACCAAUUCUGUAGCGAGAAAAGCUGAAACCAAAGAAUUAGCAGCUAAAAGACCAGUAGAGAAGAUCAUUAAAAAGUUCGAGGAACCAAUGGGAAAAGGAAAAACAUCGAUCUUAGGAGAAAUGUUCACAUCCGCACCUGAUGUUCGUGAAUUGAGGGACAUCACGCCUUAUCUUGCAGGCAGAUGGGUGGCUCAUAGGUAUCCAAGUAGAAGAGAUAAUAUGCGUUCGUUGUCAUCACCACCCAGCCUUGAAAAUCGAAAUUCACGUAAUAAAGAUGAAGUCAUUGUUGUUCAUUCGUCAAAAGAAUCGAAUGAUUCGAAAGAUAUGAUCUCAUGUGAGAAAAGAAAAUUGGAGGAACAACAACGUGAAAAUUUAACUAAGAAGAUAACACGACCAUCCGCAUCGAUUUUAAAACACAAGGAUAUUUUUGCAAAUCAAGAAUUUGAUCCUAGCAAACAUAGACCGAGAUUUAGAUAUCAACCACCACCACCACCACCAUCACCGAUCGUUAAACGUGAAGCCAAGUUUUGGUUACCAUCGUUGCCAACCUACACUGCUCGACCUACCGUCAGUUUCGAAGGUCUGCUGCUUCAUUUUGAUACUUCAAAACAAAUACAAAUGUUAUUUUUCAUUUAGUUUUUUUGU